ACUUGCUACAUAAAAUGGAAAACUACUGCUGAAUGAAACUUUGCUUUGCUAUACGUAUAUGCACAAAUUUAGUAUCUUUAUUUCACAUGCUGGACAAAUCGGUAAAAUACGACACAGCUGCGAUUUGAGCUGGUCAUUUUUAUUUGGUUCGUACAUCGCAACCUGCCAAAACUGGAGAAAUUUUAGCAAAUUUUAAUAUGCACAGAUAAAAGGAUUUUCAUGAAGCGUGCACCUGAAAAUUCUCACAUCGCGAUCGCAACGAUCUCAUUGUAAAAAAACCAGAGCUUGGACUCCAACCUGAUUUAGCUUGUGAUUAGACGAACACAACUUGGGUCAGUGUCGCUGUCGAGUCAAAAAAAUUAGACCUCGCCAUGGACAAAGUUGCCGAACGUAUGGGAGGAAGCGAUGUCGAUGUUGCCAAAGUUUUUGACCUUCUCGAAUCCAGCAAUCUCGAGCUUGUACAGGAAAUCAAGACGGAAAUAUGCGAAACCUUCAAUAAAACAAAGGACAAUUGGCUGGUCGCCGGAUUGUUCGAGUUUUAUUUGUACACGGGGUCACAAAGAUGUGCCGAGAUUUUAUACAUGAUUUCGAAAGAGCCGCAUGAUAAGUACCUAAUUGAUAAAAUCACGGAAGGAAUUCGAUCCCCUUCUAAAGAAAUACGAAAAAAGACGUUGGAAUUUUUUGGCCAAGUUGUGACCAAGCAGCCAUCGUGGUUAUACAAAGUUACGCAGCAAUCCUUAUUCAAAGAGCUUAUCAGACUCUUAAAGUCAGAGACUGACGUGGUGGUACUUUUGACCGGAGUUUUGUCCAUUAUUAUGAUAAUUCCUACUUUACCGACGUAUGUACAUCCGUACAUUCAGGACAUUUUUGACGUGUUUGGCCGGCUUGCGACAUGGGCGCAGAUGUCACACAAUAUACCGAAAGAGCACCUUCUUCACUUACAAGUUGGCCUCUAUUCCCUCUUUCACCGACUUUACGCCAUGUAUCCGUGCAACUUUUUGUCCCACCUGCGACACAAUUUCAGCUCGCCGGAAAAACGCGUCGUUUUCCUGCACACAAUUAUGCCAAUGCUGGAGAAAGUGAAGAUGCAUCCAGCCCUUGUCACUUCUACGAAGGAAGGAGAACUACUUCCUCAGCGGUGGAGGAGCAAAGAGUACCACCAAGUCAUCGCGGAAUGUUCGAAAAUCUCAUUAGACGUUUACGAGUCAAGUUUCCCUGAGGAAAUUACUCCAACUUUUACACGCCUGGGCAGUCUAGAGUUUGAUAGUGACCCCGCCGCAUCCAGCAGCGCCACUACCAUAGCAAGAGGAGGAUCACUCACCACGACAACGCUGGGGGAUUGGACGAUCGAGUCCUUGCUAAAACUUCCCCCGUCCUCUUUGAUCUCCCAGUCGAUGAGAACUUCCGAUCUGACCAGUUUGGUGACAUAUUUGGACGACACUUCCAGCACGGCGCCCCCAACGCCACUCUCCGUCGGGGGCGGAGGUGGUCCAAUCUUACUCAAUCGGACGACAACCUCCCCUCCGGAAACGGCGAUGGAAGCCACGCCAGAAAAUACGCCGAUAAGGGAUAAGGUCCAUUUUAAAGUACCACCAACCCCACCGCCGUUAGCAGCGACGGCCGUACAACAAUUAAAUUUCGCGAAUAUUGAGCACAUAAAGGACAAAUAUGCGAACAGACCUCCGUACUAUUUCCCCCAAAUUCAGGGCGUAACUUCUACCCCGUUUAAUUCCGUGCCUUCCUCCCCACUUCCGGUUUCCUCUAAUACCACGAAUACCGCUAAUUCGACCGAAUUCCCCUCUACGACAAAUGUUCUCCCCACUAUUAUGGACACGACCCAUCGACAGCAGUACCCCUUGGUGCGAAGGGACUCAAUUUUUGACCCUGCCAUUGUCGGGACAGCUUUACCCCUGCGCAGGGACUCGUUAAUUUUUCAACGGCUUCAGAAGGUCCAACUCGAGCAACUUAACAACCAAGCUUCACAACAAUCAACUGAUCAACAAUCAAGCCUCGAACCGUCAAAUUAUGUCCCCGCCGUAAAACCUGUCCAAGAUUCAACUCUGUUACCCCUUCCCCAGAGGAAAGCCUCCGUUCCAGCCCCCAUCACGAUUCCACCUACCCAUUCUUCCCUGCAUGACAGCGAUCCCAGCAGUGCAAGCAGUACGUCGGCCACGUCUGAAUUUCUGUCUGACCGCGACCGCGACCGCCCAACGGGGGGACCUUUAACCCCGAUGCUCCCCUCAUCCGGACAAUCCGGCAUUUUAGAUCCUGACCUGUCGCUAAUCGCGUUAGAUGAAGAUUCCGUCGUCGACAAUUGCAAAUCUGUGGGCUGUCCGAAGGGCGGGCUUCAUAUGGCGGAUCACAAACAAAUGAUCGCGUUUGCCAAAAGGGUGAGCCGACUGCGCUUUCACAGCCAGUGUGCGCCGAAUGGGUCGGAUGGGACAACCGGAAAUCAGGCGCCGUCGCCAGGAACGUCGCCAUCUUCUUCGACAACGGGCACGUCAGGGUUGCAGCAUUUUAAAGCGAGACUGAUCAAACGUUCCUUUUCCAUGCCGAAUAUUCAGAAACCCGUUUUUUGUGAGGAGAGCGAAGUCGUGGUGGAAAUACGGGGUGAAACAAGUGCACGAACGGAAACACCAACGCAGCAGCAACAACAAACUGCUGCACCCUCGAUAUCCCCGACCUUCGAUAACCAGCUUAUCCAACAGCCCGUUACCUCUAUAGACCCCGUCCACCAACCGUACGAGCAUUUAUUUCAACAAAUCUUACCAACCGUGCUGUCUCCUCCCGUGGAUUCUCGAACGCUACCCUCGCCCCACGUCCUGCUCGACCUUUGCCUCAUGAAAGCGGCCACUUUGCACAACGGGGCCGCAAAAACGGAUGAAGUUUCCAUGCUACGAGGUCAAGUGGCACUUUUGCAUGGACAGCUUCUGUUCGAGAGACACCGGAGAGAAGCUCAUGCCCUGAGAAAUAGACGACUGGCUGGAAAAUGCAGAGAAAUGCAGACCUUAGAGGAGAAAAAUAAUAGCAUGCGCCGCGAGAACCACAAUUUGGAGAAGGAUAUCGUCCUUCUAAAACAGGAAGUAGUCACCCAGCGAAAUAUGGCCUUGGUUCGCGAAAAGGAUUUAGAUUCUAAGAUUUCUGCCUUAGAAAAGAAACUGGAAACAUAUCGGGUCGAACUUUCCCAACUGAAGGAUUCCAAAUGUCACGCGGAAAUCGAGAACAAUCUCCUUCAAGAAAAAUAUUUGGCCCUGCAGAAAGAAUCCGAUCAAAAGAAGGCGGACUUAUUUUCACUGGAAAAUGAGAUCAAAUACUUGCAAAAAUAUUUGGACUUGAAUAGCGAACUGAAGUCGGCGUACGACGUGUCUCAAAAGGAAAUCCUGCUCCUCGGGGAAUUACUGAGGUAUCAGCAAGAGGCGAAAGCGAACUAUUCUAAUAAUUCCCCGGACACGAGGAGAUAUUACCAGGAGGAAAUGGACGACGUUAGACAAACGUGUGCAGAGGAAAUUAGAGGCUUUAAAAAUGCGUUGGAAAGCAAAAUGUCACAGUGUGAAGCGCUGUCGGGGAUGAUCCAAGACUUGGAGAAAAAGCUGGAAAAAAGGGAAGCAAUCAUAAUGGAACAAAAAUUAGGACUACAAGAGGCUGCGAGAGACCAUACCGAGAAAUUAAAGGAAUACCAAAACAAGUACGAGUUUGUCAAAGCGUGCAAUCACAAAUUAGACCUGGAAAAUUUGAACUUACAAGAACAAAUUACCAAACUUUCGUAUUCCUCUCGUUCCGCGAGGGCUCGAAUCACUUCGUCCCCCUCGAACGGAGAAAUGUCCCCGGCCGGAAAUAGCAACCACUCCGACGUGGAUAGUGCCGCCAGUGCGGCCGGGUAUCAAUUGUCGCCCGACAAUCAUCCCUGCUUCUUUGGCAGCCCGCAGUUCGACUUGCCCCCUGACGACGUGAAAGAUUUUCAAGGACCGUCUACCUCCUCCGCCGCUAUCCCUCAGCCGAGAAGGGAGUAAAUUAAUUUACCAAAGUGUUGUGAAUACGUGAAUAAUUAAAGUGUUGUGAAUUAAUUAAUUACGUUUUUAAUUACGUCAUAUUAAGUACCGACAUCUAUAUAAGUAUAUCUAAUAAUAUUGAAUUAAUUUUACUAGUACAUAUCUACUGUGAAGAAUGUGUGUGCUUGCGUAAUACAUGUCUUGUGUGAAAUAUAUACAACACGAAACUUCAGAAAUCCA